AUGUGACUGACGUAUUUACUAUGCGACCAGGGGUUUAUGCGACGCAUAAGGCGACACGGCAAUGGCGAGCGGUAAAAAGAGCGCUCUGCUUUCCUCUUUGGCAGACUAUGGGGACGAUUCAGAGCCCGACUCCGACCCCGAAUCCGAAGGAACAGGGGGACAUGUCUCUGGCCUGGUGUACAGCUACGGCGAUGAUGACCUGAACCGAACCGAGGGUGCGGAGAUUAUUGUGUCUGGAGAUGAAGAAAGCAGAGAGAGCCACUCGGAGAUGGAGGACUCCGACGAGGGGAGGGACGUAGAAGACGUUGAGAUCCCAGAAGUAGAAAGAAAGGACCCCAAUGAGCUAGUUGCUCUCUUCUCAGAGAAGGUGAGGAACAUGUCCCCCGACAAGAUCCGGAUCCCCCCCGAGCCCCCCGGACGCUGCUCCAGCCAGCUACAGGACAAGAUCCACAAGCUGUACGAGAGGAAGCUGCACGGAGAUUUUGACACAAACAACCACAUCCAGAAAAAGAAAGAGUUUAGAAACCCAAGCAUUUACGAGAAGCUCAUUCAGUUCUGCAGCAUAGAUGAACUUGGGACGAACUACCCGAAGGACAUGUUUGAUCCUCACGGCUGGUCAGAGGACUCUUACUAUGAAGCUCUCGCCAAAGCCCAGAAAGUGGAGAUGGACAAACUGGAGAAAGCCAAGAAGGAGCGGACCAAGACGCACGCAGAAAACUGCAUUGCCAAGUUCAGCUCCCGUCACUGCAGCUCGGGCCCAAACCCGAUUGAGUUUGUCACAGGGACCAAGAAGGGCACCGUGGCCUCCAGCUCAGCAGCCUCCACCACCAGCAGCGCCGCCACCACCACGGCCUCAGAGGCCCAGAAGAGGAAGAGCAAGUGGGACUCUGCCAUCCCCGUGACCCUGGCGCAGCCCACCCUCGUCACAACCACUUCCACCCUGCCUGCCGUCGUCUCCGUGACGACCACCGCCAGCGGCACCAAGACCACUGUCAUCUCGGCGGUGGGCACCAUCCUAAAGAAGGCGAAGCAGUGAUGCAUCCGUAUCUGUCAGUGUGUAUGAGUGAGCGUCCUUCAGGGAAGCUGCAAGACCUGCGUGCGUGUAAAUAUAUAUAUAUAUAUAUAUGUGUGUGUGUGAAAGGAAGCAGAGAGAGCUUGAACAAACGAGUGGACUCUUAAAACCAACUUACAAAUUCCCUCUGCUACACUUAGAUUGAUCUAGAGACUUCACUGCCAUCUAUCUGGGAUCUGAUGGAGGCAAAUCAACAUUUGGCUGAAGAAUCUCGUAGAUCCUCUGAAAGCCAGUGUGUUGCGUGCAGAUCUCAUGCUAAUAAAACAUUCAUUACUUUUUUUUGUAAAUGUUUAUGUUGCCAACAGCUGUCAGUUUUUUGAAGAAAGCACUGUUGCAAUGAUCUAUUUUUCCAUCCAUAGUUUUGGUGUAGCAUUUACACACACCUUGCAGUAGUUGUGUGUUGUAGGGUCGACAAGUGCAUCAUUUGUUCCAUCAUUGUCAAAUUGACUACACGGUAACAUUUUUUUUAUGAUUGUACAUAUGUAUUGGUGAUAAGUUGAAUAAAUGAAUCGCAUGUCUUUUUAAUUGAA